CAUAUUUCAAUUUUUGUAACCGCGCAGUGUCAGACGUAAUGAGAAGCGGUGUCAUGUUAAUAUUUCAUAUUAAAAGGGUAAUAUCAGUGACAGUUUUGCUAGUUGUUGGAAGGUACAUUAAACAUAUAACAUCGAGAAAACUUUUUGGGAAAAUACUAAUUAAACUACCUAGUUGCUUCUUCGUGACAUAUAGGAUAGUAGUUAAUGAACAAAUUAUUGAAUUUAAUAGAAAAGUAAGACAACUAGUUGGAUUUGAUUAUAUUAAUAAUACUUCUGAUCAUACUUCAGAUGAUGAUGAUUUUGAAGAAUCGGCGGUAUUAAGACCACGAACUGACAUUUUGCAACAGUUUGACGAAGAAGUCAUAUACAAACCUAGUUCAACUCCUGAAAAGACCGAGUCUAUCCCAAAACUGAGUCCUGUCACCAAUUACAUUCACGGUUGGCAAAUGAAAAAGGCUCAGAUAUGUCUAGAGGAAUCGAUACACGAACCCCAAACCAGGAAUUGCGUUUCAAGUCAACGUCUUCAAUUAAUUGUUACUCCACCGCUACGAAGAAUAACCACAGAUGAUUUGAAUUCUGUUAGGUUGAAAAGACCUGCAUUAGUAUCAGAUGCAGUUAUUCCUACUACCAAUGAUUUGCUGGCCGUGCUUAGAAGGAGGUUCGCUGCAAUGCACGACUCGUACAAUAGUGAAAGUGAAUCUGAUAUCGCCGAUGAGAUGAACAACUCUGAAUAUUUUAAUAUUGAUGUUAAAGAGUGCACUGAAAUUGCUUGUUUAUAGACACAAAGCACUUAAUAUAUAAUCUUAAUUUUUAGCUAA